AACUGUGCAGAGGGAUCCACCUGUGCAGGGCGUGGUGGUAAAAGGCAAAUUACUUGGCUAAAUAAGUUAACUUCACACACCAGGCGUCUUUGUCAUUUAUAGCCAUGGCUGCUGCAGGCAAGAUUCAAGAUUUCGGUACAGAAAUGAGAAGUGGCGAAAAUGGCACUGAGAGGACUUUCAGCAAUUUAAGAUGGCCUAUUAAUUUAAGGAUUGUCUUGCUUGGGACAGCGCUGGCCGAGAAGAUUCAAGUGGGCAAUUUACUACUUGGCAAGAUGGAAUUUAGGCUGGAAUGUAGCACUAAGGGGAGAAUGAACAAGUCAGAGCGAAGAAGUGCUAUACGGGAAGGGAAAGAGAUCACUGUAGUCAACACACCAGAUUUGCUUGACCCCAACAUAUUUUUUAAAGAACUUAAAAUGGAAAUGGAACAAUGCACUAGUCUAUGCUUCCCUGGACCCCAUGCCUUCUUGAUUAUAUUGAGAGAGGGGGCAUUUGAAGAACGAGAUAGAGAAGCAAUCACACUGAUUGAGAAGAUAUUUGGAAGAAGUGUGUUUGACCAUUCUCUGCUGGUCUUUACAAAACACACUCACACAAGCAAGAUGCUUAAAGAGUGUUUGAGAGAAGCAACAAGACACAUCCAACAACUUGUGGACAGAUGUAAGAAGAGAUACCAUCUUCUUAACAUUGACGAUGUCAACAAUGACAGUCAGGUUAUGGAACUCAUGAGAAAAAUUGAAGAAAUGAGAGGAGGAAAUCCAGAAAACUUCUACAGGAGCAGCUGGUUAUCAAUAGGAGCAGAAAGAAUUCAACUUGAUUUAAAAACAAUUUUUGAUAAAACACUGGGACACAUGCAGACUGAAUAUAAUUCACAAAUGUUCUUAAAAAUCAAAGAAAUGAAAAGGAAGCAGAAGAUAGAAGAAGAGAAAAUGAAACAGACAUUAGAAGAAGAAUACAGUGUAAAAGUAAAUUGGAUGAAACAAGAUUAUGAAGAGAAAUAUCUAGAAAAAAAAAAGAAAAUGAAGGAUGAGUUUCAACAGAAAGAAACAGAAAUGGAUGUACAGCUUUUGGAAAUGUGGGGAAACAAGUGGAUUAAAACAGAAAUGGAACUUACACAAACUUAUGAACAAAUCAAAGACAAUGUAACAGCAGUGUUAAGAAAACAUAGAAACCAGUUAGAAUUUUUGAAGUAUGAUGAAGAAAGCAAAGGUGAACACCCCAGUAAGAGGAAUGAAAACCUCAAACAAGAUCAGAAAACAAGAAUAAGUAACACAGAUCAAAAAACACUAGCAGAGAAACAGAAAAAUGAGGAAUGGGGAAAUGACCUUAAACAACUGAACCAGUCUCCUGAAGAGGCACAUAGUGGCAUGUUUGAAACUGUCUGGAUGGAGUGUGAGGUGGAGUGGCACCAACUAAAACAUAGGAUUCAACAGAAACAUGAAGAAGACCUUAUUAAGAGGGAAAAGUUCUUGAAGCAGAAAAUUAAAGCCAAAUUCAAUGAGAGAGAAAAGGAAAAAAAACAGCAGAAGGAUACAAUACUAAAUCAGUUUAGCAAAACAGGCAUUCAGGAACAAGCGAGCGAGCCUGAAUAUUAUUUUGAAAGGCAGUCACAAAAGAACAGGAACACCAUGAAACAAACCUUGGAGUCAAACUCUCUGAAUAAGUUCACUGAAGAAGAAAAAAAACAAACAACAGAAAAGAAAGAACCAAAAGACAUGGUACAGGUAACAUUAUGGAAGGAUGCAAAAAAUGAAAACCAAAAACUAAAAAUAAAUGAAGAGGAUCUGAAGGAAAGAAAGGGAAAGAAGUCUAAGACACUGGUGGAGGAACCCUGCAAGGAAGAAACUGUGUCAGCUCUGGAGAAUCGUGAAACAAACAUGUUUCGUUUUGAUCUGAUGAGACAAAAUACUUGUCAGACAAAAAGCACAAAGGAGGUAAAAACAGAGUCAGAUACAAAGGAGAAACAUGCAAAUGUGGACAGAGAACGUAGUCAACAACACAAAGAAAUGUGCAGGGAAACAAGUGAAUGAAACGGAGAGCAGAUCAGGAGAACCAAAGCUGCCAUUCAGUGGACAGGAGUCGUUGAAAAGUAAUAAAGAUGGUAAUCUGUCAGCUCUUGAGAAUUGU